CAGCAAGGCCAAACUGACAGCUUAGACGUACGGAUGAAUUGUGUGCGAGGUAUGCAGUGUAAAGAUAGAGCGAGUUCACGAGCUCUGCUUUAGCUAGCUAUCUAUCUUCUGCAACUCUCUUCUUUCUGUUGUUGAGAUUCUUGAAAAGAGAACACAGAACCAAUCUGUGUUGGUGGUGGUGGGUGAGUUUUUCACGAGCUUAGACCCAUCUUCAGUCUCUAUCUUCACCGUCCAAUCCUGUGGUCCACAUCCAGCCACCUAAUUAUCACAACAGUAUAGCCACCUCUACCUUCGAUCUCUCUCGAUCAGGGCUUCCUCUGAUGACGAUGCUAAUGUGACUGAUUGUCUAAGCUUUUUAUUUGCUGGUUUUUCCUUUUCUUUUUAUUAGAGAUUCAGAAAUUCAGAGAAUGGAUCGAUCGGCAGUAACUGUAGGUCCAGGUAUGGAUAUGCCGAUUAUGCACGAUAGUGACCGGUACGAGCUAGUGCGAGAUAUCGGCUCCGGGAAUUUUGGAGUGGCCAGGUUGAUGAGAGAUAAGCAGACCGACGAGCUUGUUGCCGUUAAGUAUAUCGAGAGAGGUGAGAAGAUAGAUGAAAAUGUACAAAGAGAAAUUAUUAACCACAGGUCACUGAGGCAUACUAACAUUGUCAGAUUCAAAGAGGUCAUAUUAACACCAACACACCUGGCUAUUGUGAUGGAGUAUGCAUCUGGGGGAGAACUUUUUGAGCGGAUAUGCAAUGCAGGCCGCUUCAGUGAGGAUGAGGCUCGCUUUUUCUUUCAACAACUUAUAUCGGGAGUUAGCUACUGCCAUGCAAUGCAAGUAUGCCACCGUGAUUUAAAAUUGGAGAAUACAUUGUUGGAUGGAAGCCCUGCACCUCGUCUGAAGAUUUGUGACUUUGGUUACUCUAAGUCAUCGAAGCUCCAUUCACAACCAAAAUCUACUGUUGGAACUCCUGCAUAUAUUGCACCUGAAGUUCUACUUAAGAAGGAAUAUGAUGGCAAGAUUGCAGAUGUAUGGUCUUGCGGGGUAACUUUAUAUGUAAUGUUGGUGGGAGCCUAUCCUUUUGAGGACCCUGAGGAGCCUAAGAAUUUUCGCAAGACAAUACACCGAAUUUUGAAUGUCCAGUACUCCAUUCCUGACUAUGUUCAUAUAUCUCCCGAGUGCCGACAUCUGAUUGGAAGAAUAUUUGUGGCUGACCCUGCAAAGAGGAUAAGCAUACCUGAGAUCAGGAAUCACGAAUGGUUUCUGAAGAAUCUUCCAGCAGAUCUCAUGGAUGAAAAUACAAUGAACAAAAACCAGUUUGAAGAGCCAGAUCAGCCAAUGCAGAGCAUUGAUGAGAUAAUGCAGAUAAUUUCCGAAGCCACCAUCCCAGCAGCUGGCACUCGUAGUCUCAAUCAAUAUCUAACCGGCAGCCUGGACAUUGACGAUGACAUGGAGGAGGAUCUAGAGAGUGAUCCUGAACUUGAUAUGGAUAGUAGUGGGGAAAUAGUAUAUGCAAUGUGAAUGCGUACUGGGAAGCAACAUUUUAAUUGCAAUGCUCAGUUUCUGGGAAAGAAUGGUGGAAAGAACUCGCACCAUUUCUAUGGCAAUGGAGAAUCUUAUAAUUUAAGAACUUGUGAUAUAUGUUGAGGACCCAUGUACAAGCAUCCUUUGUCAUUUAUCUCCUGCAAUGGAGUACUGCUACUCUCAUCUAAUACAAUUGCUACUUCCUGGUGGCAUAUAUAGACUCUCUGUGACGCUUUGUAACAUGGUAAUGUAAUAAGGGAAGUCUUAAUGUUGAGCUUAAUUUUAUCACUCUUACUUUA